CCACCCCUUCCCACCAAACAACAGCUGACUAAAUGAAAACAUGUAUUUCCCUUCCUUUCCAUUCCUGGAGUCAAAUACACGUCUUGUAUUAGUAAUUGAAUUCUGUAGUUUGUUGUACUGAGAGUGGGGCUAGAGUCAUUCAUACACCAGGUCACUUACAGAGUUUUAGAUACUCUUUUGUGAAAGCAAAUCGUGGGUCUGAGUGUGGUGUUUGGAGUGCCUGGUGCUGCCUGUGCAGCUCCUGAUCAGGUGCUAGACAGGGGCUGCUUGGUGACAUAUGGAAGACUGAACGUGGGCAGUGAGCUAAGAAAUGUGAUGGAACUACUACGGAAGUUCUUUGAGGACUGUUCUGUGAUGGUUGGCAUGCCAGAAGCCUGUUGAAAAGAUGAGAAUUUGUGUUGCAUAAUUAAAGGAACCAGUGAAAUAGACCAUACAGUCAGUGAGCAAGAUGAAUCCCCUGUCCUUUAAAAUGUCUGAAAAUGGACCAUCAGGAUGGAAAUGCAUUUUUAUUUUCACACAACUUCUUUCAAGAGAGAGAAUGAAGUACUGUCUAACUGUCUUGUGGACAUUUUUGGUUAGAGAAGUUACAGUCCCUUCCUAUUUUUGUUUGCAAGCAUUUCCUAAGUUUAAACUUCCUUUAUUCUAGGAAGUAGAUACAACAUGAGAAAUAAAUUACAAAAAUGUCUGACAACAACUCUUAACUUUAAAAAUUAUUCUGGGACAUUAUUUUUAAUUUAAACUGAAGCAGCAGUUUUAACCAUUUUUGUUAUCAAAUACUGUAAGGUUUUUAAGACAUCCUGCUCACUUGUGAAAGAGUUACAAAUUUUAUUACCUGGCAAAUUAAUUUAUACCCAAAGUACAAUUGCCUGUCAUAAAAAUAUGUCAACAAAAAAACAUAACAUUACCAGGAAAGGGUGGAUAGUGGCUUUUAUCUUUUUGGCCACUCUGUUUUAAUACCUUUUUACUUUCCUGGUUUUGUUUUGUUAUUCUGAAAAUGCAUCAGGAGUACAGCUGAACACAGAUUAGCCAUUACAGCACUAGAGUUUCCUACAAGGUAGUAUCUGAAUUUUUUUUUCUUUGUGUCUCAAACCUAAAUGAGCAGACUAAGAUAUCUGCUCUCUGAUUGGGGUACUUCAUUAGCUGAGUAUUUUCUGAAGAACUGCUUGGUGGUUUCACUGUCAGUCAUUUCCUCUAAAUGUCCUGCAUGCCUCUGGAAAUCUUCCAUGCUCAAAUAUGAAAAGUCACGUUCUUAAAAUCUUAACUUUUAAAAGUGAAGAUAAUUGUGUUUCUUACAGCAGCAUACCAAUUCUGGACUGUUAGUAAUUUUUUCAUAUUGCAGGUAAUUCAGGGUGGUGGUUCUACUGUUUAGUAUGUGUUUAAUGUGGGGGAAAAAAGGAAGAUGAAGAUGGGACAUUAAUUUGUGGAUCCUUUUGCUGUAUUCAUCUUUGCUAUGUGUUUAUUGCCUAGCAUGUCUAUUUCAGUAAAAAAUGGAAGCAGACACAGAUUCUUACAGUUUGGUAGCUGCUUCAAUAUUUUUCUACCUAGACACGUUCUAGACUGAUUUAAUCCUUGUCAAAGCCACACACAGAGAAAAAUUCUGCUGAAAGCUCAUGAAGUGGAUCUCCUAUCAAACUUCAUAUGUGUAGAUGCCUUGCAACACACAGGCUUUCCAAGCAUGGUUUGGAAGUGUUGGAUAUUUAAGAUUUCAAGAAAUCAAGUUAGAUCUAAGAUCCAAAAACAAAUUUUGAGGGAGGGAGAGGAAAUACAAUUAGGCAGCUGUAUACUCCUGGAAACACUCUGAGAUUUAAGCCGUGUGGCAAGGUCAGUGGGCUCUCAUGAACAACAGUGAAACUGCUGAAUUUUGUUUUGAGGCUUCAGCAUGGCUAGCAGAAGAAUGGCUUCGGGUAUUAUUUAGUAAUUGUGCCACAGUGUGUUUUCUGCAGUACCUGGACACGAAAUAAAGCUAAACAGUGAUAGACAUACAUGCUGUGAAGAUAUUUGCAUGGAUAAUAAAGUUUUGCAUUUUUGUACUACUGCCAUUCAAACAUUCAGUAAAAGCACUUUGCAAAUGCUAAUGAAUUUGCUCCCACAACAGAGGUGAAGACACGACGUUUUUCAAAUUUAAGUAUUUAAAAUUAGACACCAAAGUGUUUUUAGAACCCAUGAUUGAAAUGAUUGAAUUUUUACAACUGUAGAAUACUCACAGCUCUCUGCAAGUGGCUUCAUUACUCAUACAAAAUAUAAGCAUUUGUGAAAGACGCAUGAUUUUUCGCACCAGUGUGGAACAAAAAGCCUCAUCCUGUUAAAGUUAAUUGCCAAGCUCUCAUUCUCAUUCAGGGAGUCUGUAUUUAGUUCCUGGGUUCUGGGGAAACAGCAGCUGGUGAUGUGUUGCUGAAGCUGCUGCUAAGAUUUUUGAAACUGAUUUCAGUGAGAGUUUUGAACUAAUCUCAGGGCUGGACCAUUACAGGUUAACUGCUCUGGUAAGUAACUGUAUGUAUACUUAUUUACAUCGUAUCAGUUUUCAGCCCCGGAGUGUGCAAAAAGGAGAACAGCAACAAUAAAGUCGACUCUGACUUUUCUCAGCAAAAAGUAUAAAUACAGAGGGACCAACGUCUUGCUGAAUUGUAACAAUGUCAGAUAAACAAGGAUGAAAUUAAAAAGUAGCUUAAAUUCUCAUUAGGAUAUGUACAUAGGAUGAAGAAAAAAAAAAUUAGAAAAGUCAUAUAUAGUUGUAUAUGGUUUGCUAGCAAGUAAAACACAUCAGGAAGGGAGGGAGGGAAGCAAGAGGGAACCUCAAAUCAACCCUCCUGACCUCCACAGAUAAGGAUCAUGUUGCUUAAAGAAGAACUUGCAUUUUAAAAUACGAGCUUGAAAAAACUGUAUAUUUCUUAACCAGAACUCUGCUAGAGUUCUGCUUUAAGAGAAGCUUAAGAAAACUAGAUUUAUCUAGUAUCAAAAGCCUUUUAUUUUUUUCCCUCCAGAGAAAAUUUUUUUUGGAUGCUUAUUGGAUUUUUGACCCAUCCUAUUUUAAAUCCUUAUGAAUCUCAGCCUUUGGAUAACUUUGCCAGAGAGAACUUCCUUCCCAGACUGACCUGACCUGGAUACCCACCAUGCACAACAGCACCACCGAAAUUCCGCAUGCAGCUGCGACGUGUAACGAGACUUGGCCCACCCAGUCACCCAGCUCCGAGUUCUCCCUGGGUGUGUUGGUGCUGCUGGCUUUCCUCAUGGUGUUGCUGUGUCUGGUGACCAUCCUUGGAAACAUGCUGGUGAUCCUUGCUUUUGUUAUGGACAGAAACCUCAGGCAUCGGAGUAACUAUUUCUUUCUGAAUCUUGCUGUUUCUGACUUUGCAGUGGGUGUGUUCUGUAUGCCGUUGUACAUCCCUUAUGCCCUGACAGGGACAUGGCACUUGGGAAGGAGCCUGUGCAAGCUCUGGCUGGUCAUGGACUAUCUCGUGUGCACAGCUUCAGUGUUUAACAUCGUCCUUAUCAGCUACGACCGUUUCCUGUCAGUUACAAAAGCUGUAUCUUACAGAGCCCAGCAGGGAAUAAUGUCCAGCUCUGCCAUCAAGAUGGUGGCCAUCUGGGUCUUAGCAUUCCUCCUGUACUGCCCAGCCAUCCUGUUUUGGGAGCACGUGGCCGGACACAGCGUGGUAGCGGUGGAUCAGUGCUACGCCGAGUUCUUCAACAACUGGUACUUCCUGCUGUGUGCAUCCACCCUGGAGUUCUUUGUGCCGCUGCUCUUGGUGACCUACUUCAACGUGCACAUCUUGCACAGCAUCCAGCGGCGCCAGCGGCGUGGCAGCAUGCAGGACUGUGAGCCUCCCAGGAGCAGCAGCCUGUCCUGGAGGUUCUGUGGCUUGCCGAGGCCAGGAGCAUCAUCUCCUUCGUCAGAAGCAGAGGACAGUGUUUCAUCACUAACGAGGUCAUGGAGACCGGCAGUGGUGGCUAAUGGUCCAUCUCGAAGAGAAUCCAGUUCUACGGCUCUCAAAAGGAACUUUUCUGCUUCUUUCUCUUCAGGGUCUGGAUCAAAACUGCAGCGGGACAAGAAAAUAGCGAAGUCUCUUGCCAUAAUUGUCUGUGUGUUUGCCAUUUGCUGGGCCCCAUAUUCUUUAUUAAUGGUUAUCCGUGGGGCCUGCCAAGGAAAGUGCAUCCAUAACUCCCUCUAUGAAGCAACCUUUUGGCUUUUGUGGAUCAAUUCCUCUUUGAACCCAUUUCUUUAUCCUCUCUGUCAUAUGAGGUUUCGAAUGGCUUUUUUGAAGAUAUUAUGUCCCAAAAAGUUUUCAACAUUGAGAUCUGGUAGCACACCUUCUGUUUAG